AUGAUGAAGAUUGCGGUGACACUGUUGGUGCUUCUUUACGGAGUUCUGGUUAGCAGCCAUGAAAAUAAAUACGUCCCAGUUUUCAUGUGGUCGAACGACAGAGAGAAAGAAUUUUCCCAAGUGUUUGCUGGACAUUUCACCUCAAAGUUUGACUUUCAAAGCAGGUUCAUUUCAAAAGUGGCUGACAAUGUCCUACUGUUCAUUCAAGAUAAGCUUUCCUUGUCUGACAUUCUGCUCCACGGAUCUGUGUUUGGUGAAGAUCAGGAAGAGAAGGAUUACGACAACUUGAAAAUGCUCAUGUCAGAUUACGUGUCCUCCUUCCUACCCAACGUUGAACAUGCAGCGCUGGCUGUCUCACAAAUCUUCGAAAGUGAUGAUUCCUUCUAUGUCCUCAAAAUAAAUGCCAAGAAUUUACAUGAAACGAAGGAUCUCAAUGCAAUGUUUUCUACAAACUCGAAGAAAAAUCUGUUCAUCAUUGAUUUCUCGCAUUCUGAAUUGAGUCAAAAAGAAAUUGUGGUUUUCAAUGGAGGUGAUUUUAGAAAAUGGGGAGCACUUGGAACAAAAGGGGCUGUAGGGGUGUGA